AUGAACUUUGAAUCUUUGAUACAGGCUCCAGUUGAUACUUCAAGUUUUAAUAAAAAGUAUGGUGAUGGUAAUAACAAAUGUACAAUUCAUAAAAGAAAAGAUCAGUUAUUUAAAACUUAUAAACUUUUAGACCAUCCAGAUCCAGAGUCCACCCCAAAUAGUACCAUGCUAAGAGACAUAAUUCCCAUUACAAUGGAUCAUUUCUGCCUUCCAAAAAUUAAGAGUUUAUAUUUUGCAAAAAAUGGAUAUUUAUCUGCUUCAAUGGAAUACAUAGAACACGAAGAUGUUAAAAACAUUAACGGGCUUAUGGAAAGGCUAAAUACAAAAACAAUUUAUUAUAUUUUUAAAACACUUCAAUAUCUUCAUCAGCACGGUGUUCAUCAUUGUGAUUUAGAUCCUCUAAAUAUUCUUUUCAAAAGAAAUGAUGAUAUUUCGAUAAUUGAUUUUGAUACUUAUAAUAGAGAUGGAAUUAAGCACACUCAAAUAUUUAUUAGGCAACAUGAUCAUGAAUUCAGUGAUGAAUUUGCUUUACUCAUGUUUUCCAUUGUUUAUCUCAUUAAAGAAAAUUCAUGUCCAAGUCAAUUAGGAUCGAAACUCUGUGAUUACGCCAACACGGUAAUACAAGAAAGCUCCAAAAAUUACCAAUUAAAAUUAGAAAAUUUAAAAAAGUAUGAAAAAUCUAAUAAUUUAGAUUCGAAUUUGCAAGAUAUAUCUGAUAAAAUUCAUGAUUCAUGUGAAGAUAACAAAAACUGUUUACAGUAUUUCAUUGAUGCGUUCAUAAACAGUAUCGAAAAUGAAGAAAACCACAAAUAUGACAGAUCUAAUGGUAGUGAAAGACUAGAAACUCUUAAAAAAAUUAUUAAUGAUUAUAACAGACGAUGUAUGAACAUGCAUUUCAUAUCAGACUCAUUGAAGAAAGGUGUUUUCCUUUCCAGUUUUAUUGAUUAUGCUUUCGAGCAAUCUAACAAAGGAGAUUGCGAUGCAAUGGCAUUUCUCGGCGAAGUUUUCUUGACAGGAGUUGUUUCAAAUCAUGGUGAAUAUGCUAAGAAGUACUAUCCAAUAUCUCACACGUAUGUCAAGCAAAGAAUCAGAACUGCAUAUUUGUUGAUCAUUAAAGCAAUGAAAAAUGGUUCUGAUUUUGCAAGAGAUCGAAUUUCCAUCGGAUUACAAAUCAUGAAAUCGAUAUUGGAAUCAAAGCAACCAAAUUUGAAUAAUCAAAUUCUAUUGGCUCAAAUGUGUGAUGCAUUCGGAUUCCAUAUGUUCAAUUUCUGGGAAGGUGAUGAAUUCAGUGAAUAUUUCUAUGAAUAUGAUAAUACUGAUGUUAAAGAAUUAGACCUCCUUGAAAUGCUGAAAAAUCCUGAUCCAGAAAUAAUUUAUGAUUCUCGAUUCAAAAAACUAUGUACUGACAAAGCAAAAGAAAUUUACGAGAAAGAAUCUGAUUAUCUUUUGCUGAUGAUGAAGAUUAGGACACUUUUGCUUAUUGAUCCUACCAACCCAAAAAUAUCAAAAAUCUUCAAUGAGUUCAAGACAAAAAAUAUUUUUAAUGAAGACUUCAUCUUCGAAAUGAGCUCCUAUUAUUGGAUUUACAAGCCAAAAGGAUAUAAAGAUUUCGAGCAAUAUUUCAAUUUGCAAAUGUUAAUGCACAAAAGAGUUUCUGAUCCAAAUUCAGUAUUGAACAAUUCUAUUGUUCUUCAAGCUGAUGUCUUUGAACACCUCUUGGCAGAUUAUUUCCAACUUUUCUGA